UGCACGACUUGUCCUUGAUUUCCUACGGGGAGGUGAUAGCUGCGGACUUAGGACUGCACAGGCGCUAGAUCAACGAAAUACUUGCACAUAGCAGCGUUAAAUUGUCACCAUGGUGUUUGUUCCAGACGAGGGGAAGUCGCUCGCCCCUCCGGGAAUAGUGAACAGGAACUCGGUGUGGUUGUCCGGUGUCGGCUGGGUCUCCGCGAUGCUCCAUAAUGCUCUCAACCAUAGGCCGCCAAUGAGAGCAGGUGUCCAUCGGCAGUUCCUUCUGGCUACUAUUGGCUGGUUCAUUGGUUAUCAUGUCACGAAAUAUGAAAACUACAUCUAUGCCAAGCUGGACCGAGACAUGAAUCAGUAUGUUAAGCUCCACCCAGAGAGAUUUGAAUCGAAAGAAAAAAAGACCUUUGCUGAGAUUGUCGAGCCGUUCCAUCCUGUGCGCUAAGUCUGAGUGGCUACCAUGGCAA